AUGAACGUUUGCAGUUCGCGAUAUUGUUAAUAUAACUUAAGUAUUGGUUAAAUGGUUCCUAUUCCUAAAAACAGGAUUUGUUGUCCAUUUUGCAAAAUAACAUAUUAUUGUUCUCAAAGAUGCAGAGAUAUCGACUGGUAUUAAAAGAAAUGAAAUAUUUAGGACUUCUGGACAUAAGGCUUAAUGUAUACCAGAGAAAAUGAUAAAUUCUUAAGAAAUCUCAAAUAGCGAUAAAGUUUCAACCUUAAGGCAAAUGAAGAGAACACCAGNAUACUAAAAUUAGAAUUCAUUAAUCAAUAGUUUUUAGAUAUUCUCUCAAAAUAUGAAGUCACUAUGA